AUGAAACCUAAUUUAUUCUUCAUUAUUUUAAUUGCCAUCUCUUCCAUAAUAAUAGUAUCUGGAGAUAAAAAACUUAAUAAUAAUUUAUGUAAAAACAAAAAAUUAACAAACGGUCAACAAUUUCGUCAAGGAUCUUGCUCACAAACAAUACAAGGAGAAAUCCCAUCUGUCAAUAAAAUGCCAUCAACGUUAAUAAUAGAACCAAUUAAUGGUCAAAUACUAAAAUCACAACAAUCAUUUAGAGUUAAAACAAAAACUUCAAAUUUAAUAACCGGCUUCUUCACCGAUCCAAACGAAAAAUAUUAUGCCGAACCUCAACAGUUGAAAAAUGGCGUGAUCAAAGGACAUUCUCACGUUACCAUACAAAAACUUGAUGGUAAUAAUUUACCUGAUGCAAAGGAUUUUGCAUUCUUUAAAGGAUUGGAUCAACCAGAUAAAAAUGGAAUUUUAUCAGUUAAAGUAAAAGGUUUAUCGUCCGGUGAUUAUAGAAUUUGUACUUUAGUCUCCUCAUUCUCUCAUCAACCUGUGAUAAUGCCAGUCGCAAAACGUGAAUGUAAAGCAUUAAUAGAUUUCCGGAAUACAUGGUAUAAGGUAACUGGUCUUGAGUUCGCACGCCUUCAUGCAUUAUCUAUUAUGCAAAAUGGUAAAAAGGACAGCAGAUAUUGA